GCUCUUAGACAGUCUCUGUUUGGCGUUCUGGGGGCCAGGAACGAUCUGCGGGCAAUGCAUACCCGUUGCCAUGAGGCCCAUCUAUCAGCAGGAGCAGCCGCUCUUCUACCAGCGGCCAGCUAAUCUCCGACGCCUACGUCAUCCGCCGGGCACCGUCUUCGAACGCAGUUACUCGCUCGAGGAUCAGCCGGCGGAUGUGAUCCCCGUCUAUCCAAAGUUUAUUUACGCCCCACAACAACAACAACAUCAGCAGCCAUAUCAUCAUCAUAAGGAGUUGAGAUCUCAAUAUCCUCUCUAUCAGCUGGGCGAUUCACUCAGCUCGCUGGACAGUGAUUUCGCCGAGAACGAGUACGGUGGAGCCUACAUUGUGGAGCAACAUGCUCCGCUGACCACCGCUCCCACACCGAAAGUGGUGCAGAAUCUCAAUGCCCUUGGUCGAAUGCUGGAGCUUUUGCAGCGCUGUCCUCUGCCGUGUCUCUCCUUCAACACGGCCUGCAUCUGCUCGCUAAUCGUCAUAUUCCUAGCACCGCGUACUUGUGCCCAGAGUUUACUCUUUCCCGCUUUCAGAUUGUUCUGCGGAACUCUGUACCCAGCCUAUGCCUCCUACAAGGCCGUCAGGACCAAAGAUGUCAAGGAAUAUGUAAAAUGGAUGAUGUACUGGAUAGUCUUUGCAUUUUUUACCUGUAUUGAAACGUUCACGGACAUCUUCAUCUCCUGGUUGCCGUUCUACUAUGAGGUAAAGGUGGCCCUGGUCUUUUGGCUCCUCUCGCCGGCCACAAAGGGCAGUUCGACGCUAUACCGAAAAUUCGUGCAUCCGAUGUUGACGCGCCACGAACAGGAGAUCGAUGAGUACGUCAAUCAGGCCAAAGAGCGGGGCUAUUCGGCGGUCCUGCAGCUGGGCUCCAAGGGAGUAAACUAUGCCACCAACGUUCUGAUGCAGACGGCCAUUAAGGGCGGCGGCAAUCUGGUGCAGACAAUCAAGCGGAGCUACAGCCUCAGUGAUCUGAGCGAACCGGACAUGCAUCGCACGCAGGACGAACUCGACGACGUGAUGAUGUCCUCGAUGGCUUCGUCGGCGGUGGUCAUGCGUUCGCCGUCCACGGGUGCACGACUCCUGAGGCCACGAAACCAGACGCCAGUUGGCAGAUCCGGCAGCGGCACUCGCCACUCCACGGGCAUGUACUUCACGGAGGUGGAUGUGACCGCCAAAAAUGCGGGAGAUUUCAACUACAACAUUCGCAGCCAGGAUGACAUCAGCUCCGGCUACUCGAGUGCCGAACCCGUGAGCGGUCUCAGUCGCACCUCCUCCAUGACGAAUGCUUCCAAGGGACGAGUCAAGUCCAAACGCAAUGAGUUGCUGGAAGAGAUGAGGGACGAAGUCUACUUAGACAACCAGCUGUAUUUUCAAAACGGGAAAGGGGAAAACUCGGUUUCUGCGGCCCAAGAACUAAAGAUUAUGGAGAGUUUUGAAAGAAUCCCAAAUCAGGAGGUGGAAAAGGUGGUGAAGGAGGAGGAGAAGAAAGAUGAGGAAGACGAGGACUUUUAUGAGGCCUUGCCAUUGAUAGAAGAGGAAAUAAUUGAUGGAGAUAAUGUAAAUGCAAAGCCAGAAUCCCAAGUUCUAAACAAUGAUCCCAUCAAAGAGGAGGAGUUUGAAGAUGCAUUGUUUGAAGAACCAAAAAAGGAAUUUAUAGAUGAAGUAGAUGAUGCCAAGCAAAUCAAUGUUUUACCAGAAGAGGUAAAUAAGAACCAACCACUUGAUCAGAAUACCAAUGGAAUUGCUAAAAGUCCAGCAUCAAGCACAGCUUCCCAAAGCAAACCAUACGUUCUACCUCCCAUCGAUCCCUUUGUGUUGGUUCUAAGCACUUCUGCAUCUGCACCAGAUCCCUUUCAACCCGAAAGACCACGUCCCAUGUCGCCGCGUGAAAUGCGGGACACCUUGGAGGAGAUCAAGCACAGUUUCCGUGCCCAACUGGAACCGGAGCCCCCCGUUUCGGCCUCUCCAUCGCCCUCAUUGCGACCCAAGGCGAAUCAUGGCAAGGGCCGUGCUCCUCCGCCGCCGUUGCCACCGAAGAGACACUCGUUGAGUCCCCAACCGGAUGCCAUCAGCCAGACAUCAACGGGCAGUGCGGAGCGCAAGUCAGGACAAAUCCAUGUCUGCUAGUUGCACCACCUUGCCCCGAUCAAGCAGCCGGAAAUCGGAAAGAUCCCAGGUGGGAGGAGCUACCACUGGCCAGAUGAAAACGCGCAACAAGUCGGAGAAGUAAUGAAGCAUCGAUCUUUGGCCAUUCACCUUCAUCGGAGCGUUGAUUAAGGUGGACAAAAAGUAUAAACCAUAGAACCAGAACCUCAUGUUUUAGUUUAAAUUGUAACUUAAUACGGAUAUCGAUACAGAUUACGAUAAUAUUAGCUAUAUAUGCAUAUGCAUUGUGUACUUUGUUUGUGAUUCUAUUAGUGCUCCAGGUGCAGUACGUCCCUGGUUGCUAUUGGUACUCAUUUCGUGACUAGUUUAGCGUUAAGCGAGUCUCCUAGCCUCUGCCCAAAGGUUCUCCGACAGCUGUACUAACCAAAAAUGAAACCCCAAGAACCCUAUCAAUUGUGUAGCAUAAAUUCCUAAUAUUGUAAUUGAACAUUAAAUAAAAGAACCUAUACCAUUGAACUGAAA